GUGACGUCACUGGUUCUAAAAUGGCGGUACCGAGUCAGCUUUGAAAUUUUCACUUGCUGCUCGUUUUUUUAGAAUGAACAAGUAUAUAGAAUGUUUGUUCAGUUUUUACUCUGAACUUGCGGAUAAACAGGAUUAGGGUUAACAACAAAAAAUGGAUUCGGUGGUAGGAGAGGAUCAGACGCUGCCUUUUGACAUCAGUGGGAGCUGCAGUAUAUCCAGACUGCCAGACUCUCUGAACAGUGUAGACAUCAGCAUGGACACCAUGUCAGCUCCCAUGUUCCCCGGGCAGAAGCUGUCUCCGACUAAAGCCAUGACAAUGAAGGACUACGAGAAUCAAAUUACAGCUCUGAAAAAAGAGAACUUUAACCUGAAGCUGAGGAUCUACUUCCUGGAGGAGCGUGUGCAGCAAAAAUGUGAUGAUUCGACUGAAGAAAUUUACAAAACGAACAUUGAGUUAAAGGUGGAGGUGGAAUCUAUGAAGAGGGACCUUGCUGAGAAACAGGAAUUGCUUGUGUCUGCAUCGAAAGCACUUGAGAGUUUAGCGAACAGAGAUUCAGGGGAAGGCCUGAGGGAGCGCGCUCAGAGAGAGAUGGAUGCACUCAGAGAAACCUUCAACACCAGGAUCAAAGAACUGGAGGAGUCUCUGCGCUGUGCAGAGGAGGAAGUGGAGAAGAUGGCUUCCAUUGCUGAGCAGGAGAAGCUGAGGAGUCUUGGUCUGGAGAAAGAACUUGAAUCUGUCAGUCAGUCAGGGCCGUCGCACGAUGCUGGCUCCACCCCUGGGCAGGACCACAAACUCCAGCAGGCUCUGCAGGAGAAAGACCGUGUGAUUGAGCGCCUCCAGGGAUCCAUCAAAAACCAGGAUGCUCUGAUUGGAAAGCUUCGGGAGAAGGAAAAGGACCAGGACCAGCCUAUUGCAGAGCAGGUAGUCCAGCUCAGCACCCUGAUUGGCCAAAAGGAUGCAGAAGUACAGGCUCUAAAAGAAGAGUUAGAUCGUGAGCGAGAAAAAGCAGAGAAGGAGAAUAAGGUGUGUGUGGUAAAGCAGGAUGAGCUGAAUGUGUUGCAGCAGAGAACUAAACAGCUGACUGAAGAGCUUAACUCCACCAAGAGCAGCAGUCAAACACUCAAACACAGACUGGAGGAGAUGGAUGGAGAAAACAAGACCCUUUCUGGACAACUGGAGGAGAAGGAGAAUGAGCUUGCAGCAGAAAAGAAAAACGCCCUGAAACGAGACAAGACCAUUCAGGGCCUGAGCAUCCUACUUAAAGAGAAAGAACGACAGGUGGAUGAGUUGUAUGGCAAUCUCGAGGAGAAAGACCAGGCCUUAACCAAGGUCAGGGAAGCUCUUCACAAAGCUCAGCUACAGAAAUACCACGGUGGUGAGGAACAGCAGGUCCUGUUGCAGACGCAGCAUGCUGAGCUGUCUCGUCUACAGGCUGAGUGCCAUUCGUCCCUGCUGGAGCUUCAGAGGCUGCAGCGUGCACUCGGCAGCAAAGACGCACAACUGGAGCUGCUGCAGCAAGACAAACUGCAGCUGGAGAAUGAACUGGAGCUGCUUCAGCAGCACAAAAGAAAAGGAGACAAGACCAUAAAUGACCUGCAAAACCAGCUGAAAAAGCUGAGUGGGGAGCUGGCUGAGCGCGAGAACCUUCUAGAACAUCAACGUGCAACACAGCAAGAGCAAACCCGCACGACAGAACACAAACUGCAGAGCACGAUACAACAUCUAACAACUAAACUUACAAAGAAAGAACAACUACUUCAGGAGUACAUGAGCAUGGUGCAGGAUCUGGAGCAGGACCGAGCUUCAGCAGGAAGUAAUGUAAUGCUGGCCAAGCUUCGAAAGAAGCUGAGGGAAAAGGAAAAGGCUCUGGAGAAAGCACUCGAUGAAAAGUUUGUGGCAGUAGAGGAGAAGGAGAAUGAAAUUCAUCUGCUGCAGCUAAGCCUAAGGGAAAAGGAAAGAGAUUUGGAGCGACUCAAAAACCUGCUCUCACACAAUGAGGAGACUGUUAAUAGCUUUGAUGGGUUAUUGAAGGAGAAAGACAUGGAAUUGCAGCAGCUGCUGAACUCAUUGAAAAACCUGCAACGGUCCAAACAGGAGAGUGAAGAGAACCUGCAGAGGGCUCUGAGAGAGAAAGAUUCCAUCAUCCAGCAGCUCCAAGACACACUGCAGCUCAAAACCAAAGACAUGGAGGACAUGGCUAGCACAGUUCUUAGUCAUUCAGAGUCUCAGGGACGUGAUCUUGCAGAGCAGAUGGGUCAGAGGUUAAAGGUCACAGAAGACAUGUUGGCCGAGGCAGUGAAGCACAGAGAAAGGCUGGUGUGUGAAAACCAGACAGCUGUGGAGAACCUGCUGGCCACCAUCAGUAGCAAAGACCAGCUACUCAAGGAGAGCGCAGAGCGACAUGCACAGGCUCUCUCUGAUUGGUCAGCAGAGUUGCAAGAUCUUCGCAGACAGCUCGCAGACACCCAGCUGCAACUCGGCGAUACUCAGAAUCUCAGUGCAGCACUGAAUGAGAAGGAUGUGCUCAUCAAUAAGCUGUUGGACCGUGCGCAGGAGAGAGACCACUAUCUGAGUGAGACCGAGAUGGGAGCGGCUCCGCCCCCUCAGGUGGUAGAGCUCAGACAUACCAUCAAUGUGCUCCAACAGAGACUGGAAGAGAAAGAGGCUGAGCUGUCUCAACGGUGCAGCGAGGAGAACAUGGAGAAAUCUCUUACAGUCAAUAAGAAACCUGCUGUAAUACUGAAGGAGGAGCUUGCCCAGAAAACAGAUGCGCUUAAUAAUGCUCUGAAGAGAGAAAAUCAGCUCAAGAUCUCUCUUGCUGAGCUUCAGUCCAUUGUGUCAGAGCUAGAGGGCAAACUAGAGGGCCAAACAGCCAACACGGAGUCUCUCAAAUCCACAAUCAGUACUAAAGAUGAAAUUAUUACUGAGCUACAGCAGCGUUUGGCUGAGAUGGGGGUGAGACAAUCGGCUACAACCCUCGAUCACCAUUCCCACUAUGGGGAGGAGCUCAGUUUCCACUCCCUUCCUCAGAGAGAGAGAACGAUCAUUGGGGGAGAUAGACAGCAGCAGCAGGAGAUGUCGCCUCUGAGUGACCUGCGCUCAGAGCAGGCAGAGCUCAACUGCAUCCUCAGGGAAGAGCAGCAGCUCUACACCAAGCUUGUUCAUGCAGUCAAAGAGCAAGACAGUGCUCAGCGGCUGCAGGCCCUACAGCUGGAGCUGACUGCUGUGACACUCCUCAGGCAGCAGUUGGAAAAUGGCGUGCGUAACAACAAUGAGCUCCGAGAGCAGCUGCACCGAGAGCUCCAGAGAGUGAAUCAGAGAGAAGGUGCGGACCCCACAGAGCUGGAGAACAUGCGAGAUGCUCUAGAAGAAGCUCAGCGCUGGAAUGCAUCUCUGCAAGCUCGACUUGGCCAGAUCCAGAGUAGAGGAGGAGGAGUAGGACAGGCCAAUGACAUGGAUGACACACUGAGUCUGAUUGGCGAGCAGACAUCCUAUAUGAGUAUAUGUGUAAGGGAGGGGCAAGAGGAGGAGCUCGAACAGCUGUGUCCGGAACAACUCCGGCUGAAGGUCUCAGAGCUGCAGGCACUAAAUGAGGAGCUGCAGAAAAGGCUGGAACUGGCAGAGAGAGACGUUAUGGGUAAUGCUCCGAGAGAGUCACAGGGACAGCUUGACCUUAUUGGUUUUUCACCCCCCAACAAGCAGCCGCAGGGACUGGCCAGACCACUAGCUGUUAAUGCUGAUGACGGACUAACUGCCCCCAGUGUAAAGGAGACAGCUGAUGAAAGACUUGAAGCUCAUAGAAGGAUGGCAAGUUCUCCUUUACCUUUGCCAACAAAAGAGAAUGGAAAUUCCCCAUAUGGUCCCGGACACCAGGGUGAGAAUGAGCGGGCAGAGCUUGCAUCCUUACUUAGAGACUGUGGAGCAGAAUCUGUUUUGCAACUGAGGGAGCAAGUAAAUAAACUGCGUUCAGAAAUGUCAAAGCUUGGUGGGCUCCUGAAGGAAGAAAACUCAGCCGAGUCCAAAGAGAGCGCGGAAAGUUCUGGAGAGAACGACAGCCAUACUAACGUGCAACGGACUCUGCAGAACCUCCGCUCAGAGGCCCGAAGUCAUCGGAAAGUUGUUCGGCUGUUGAAGGAACAGCGACAGCGCAAUACAAAAGCAAAGGUAGACAGUGGGCCAGGGUUUGACCCCGAACCGAUUGACAGCAUGGCUCGCAAGAUGGCGCGUCUGAGGGAGGAGCACGAGGCCACUCGGAGACACGCUGCCGGUCUGGAGGAUAAGCUAAAGGAGAUACAAAACCGAGAAAGAAAUGAGGGCAGAGAACGCGAGGAAAGAAAAAAGAAAGGCAGACAAGACCAAAGCAAGAUGUUGAACAAAAGCCUGAAGCAUGCAGUGUACUCCAAAUCACGGCUGCCAGUAGCAGUAAGACCUGCAAAGCAAAGGGACAGACAGGAGUGGACUGAUCGUGACACAGAGGAAAGUACUGAGCAGUUUAGUGCAACAGAUUCCGAGCAGCUCAGCCAAAGGAGCAGAGGCCUCAGCGAAGCAGAACUUCAAAGUUCUCCAGGCAGCAGCAUUGAUGCUCUUUGGAAUACUGAGUCCAAACGAAACCUACACGCUGAGACUAAACGAAACUGUGAUGCCAGGCAAAAUUCAAAGAAAGCGUCUGACUUUCCACAAUCAGAACUCUUAUCUCAGCUGGAGUUACUGAACCAGGAAUGCCAGGAGAAGGAAGCGCUCAUCUCCCAACUUCAGUUUCAGAUGCAGAAUUUGGAAGGGCUCCAAGCUGAGCUUCAGGAAAAGGAACGAUUGAAUGGUCAGUACCUAGAAGCCUUGCACGCUGCAGAGUCCACAAUUGCAUACCUUACAGCUUGUAACCUGGAUUCUGAAAGCGGCCUGGGGCAGCCUGGAUUGGGAUCUGAUUCAUUACUGCAGCAGCAGUGCACUGAGCUUCAGAAAGUUGUGCAGGAAAAAGAUCAACUCAAUGCUCAGCUGCUCGAGUGCUUAAACACAACCGAGGCUGCCAUUGCAUCACUGACCUCCGCUGAUCAGCCCGAACACGUUCUCUCUGGUCAGGAUGACCCACAAGCCUUGUGUAAGAGGCUAGAGAGCCUGCUCAGCCAGAUCAAGGCCUUGCAGGAGCAGAAAAAUGCUUCCACAGGCAGCCCUAAGCAGUUGCAUUGCCCAGAUGGAGGUUCAGCAUCAGACUUGCAACGCCAAGCCGAAACCCUUCAGGAGUCACUAUUGCAGCAGUGCAAGCUGAAUGCCGAGCUGCAGGAAAAGCUCAGGACUGCAGAAGAAACCAUUACCAAACUGUGCGCUCAACACAACCGCCCUACGAAUGACCAGGAGCUGAUUUGCAGCCCCAAGUGCACAAGAUCACAAGAGGAGAUGGUACAUGAAUAUGAAGAGGAACAGUAUAGACUUGCUGUGUGUCUGUCUGAGUGUAUUUUAGCAGCAGAACAAGCAGUAAGGUCUCUUGCAGAUUAUGGCUUAAGUUCUGAUCUUGGUCCUGAAACCUUAACCAACACGGAGCUUGAACAAAAUUUGGACAGGCUUCAGAAGGCACUCCUGGAAAGAGACAGGUUUGGGCACCCUGGCAGUGCAGGCAUAAGUCACAGCACUAUUGUGGGUCCGUUCCAACACAAACCAGUACAGCACACCUUACAGAUUGCUGGUGCUGCGGAACAGAAGACGAGCACUCCGAUUUCCCAAGGACAGCAGAAACCGGGGCAACAAAGCGUAUCCGAACAAUGGGAUCCUGAUCAAUCAGGAAGUCCACACCGGAACCUCCACAAAAAUCUAACAUUGCUUGUCCAGAUCGUUAAAGAGCAUGCUCAGAAGGUUCAGGAGCUGGAGGAAGCACUUAAAGUUGAGCAGGGGAAAGGCCUUAAAGGAGGCAGUGGGUUAAACCCUGAGGAUGCUGCCCAGUUGGAGAGCUUACAGAAGGCCUUAAAAGAAAAGCAGAAAAUGUGUCAGAAGCUGGAGGAGAAACUGGUUUCUGCUCAGUCUGUCAUUGCUCUGCAGAACUCCUCCAAGAGGGAUAAACACUCAGAGCGACGCAAAGCACCUCACGGUGAACAGGAUGAUAAAGGCAUUCAGGUGGACACACAGGACCUUGGCUACGAGACAAGUGGAAGGAGUGAGACGGAGGUGGAAAGAGAGGAGGGCAGUAGCACAGAUGUAGAUGGUGGUGUGUGUUUGGACCCAGUUCUCUUCCGAGUCACCUCAGCAGACAACCUGGACAUUACAGCAUCCAGCCCAUCUUACCCGAGCUCACCUGACCUCAGCUCUCCCCGGCCACGUGACUCCAAAUCUGACCCCACCCAAGAGCUCUUGCAACUCAGGUCACAAGUACAAAGUCAGCACAAGGUCAUUGCCCAACUUCAGCGACUGCUGUCCAAGAAGGCCCUGACUAGCGAGGUUCUGAGUAUGACCUCUGCAAGCUGUGAGGAAGAGGAAGACCGUGCAGCAAUGAAGGCUCGGAUUUCCCAGCUUACUGUUGAACUGGAGAGAGAGCGUACAGCCAACAGGAGUAAUGAGUCAGCUUCUCCAUCCCGGAUGGAGUCUCUGGUGCAGUCUCAGGCACGAGAGUUGUGUGAGUUACGUGAGCAGAUUAAAGUCUCGCGUACACUCGGUGCUGAACAGCGUAGGCAGCUGCUGGAGCUUCGGGGGGCGCUAGAGGAGCUGAUGCAACCCAACGAUGGCCAGAGCACCCUAGACACAACACUUCAAAAACACCUUAACCGGAGUCUCAGCCUACUGGACAAACUGGAGCAAGCAGACCCUCGUGUAGAAAACGACGAGCUGCCGGGACUAGAGCUGGUUCAGAGGCUUACCGCAGAGCUCCAGGAGAAGGAGAAGCUCAUUCAGCAGCUGAAGGAUCAACUUCAAGGCAAAGUGCCCAGCAUGCAUCAGGAUUUAGAGUCCGAGAUGAGCGACAGACCCUCUAACGACAGCACCAUGUCUGUUCCCGAUAGCCUGCACGACCUUCACAAACUCUCCUCCAGGGGAGCUACUGAAGGCAUGAAGGCGACCAGUGGCAAGAACGUUCCUGAUGCUGAGCCCCGUCCUUCUUCUGUUUGUGUGGCUGGUGACUUGAAUAGAUCUCAGCGUGACGAGGGAAGUGUUUAUACUUUACAGAGGGAUAAGAGCCGCCUGCAAGAACAACUGAGAAAGAGUGAAGAGCUUAAUGCUACUCUGAGGAGCGAACUCAACCUCGCUCACUCCAUCCUUGCGCACACACAGAGUCAGACAGUCAUGCUGACCAAACACACUCAGAGCGUGUCACCAGUCUCUCACACACACUCCCAGAGCCAAGCUACAGACAGUCAGCAGGCUCGGCAUGAGUCGGUCCACAUCAGCAUCAGCUCAGAUUUGUUAAUGGAGCACCUGCAGGAGGUUCGAGCUCUACGUCAGCGCUUGGAGGAAACAAUCCGCACCAACGAGAGACUCCGAGAGCAGCUCGAGAGAAAACUUGAGCAGGCUGAGAGAGACCCAGCAGAUACUCACAUCUUUAUUGCUGGGUCAGAAGAUCCAAGUAAGCUGAACAGUGAUAUCCAUUACCUAUGGGCUCAGAACCACACACUUAAGGAACAACUUAACCAGGCAGCAAGAGAUAAACAGAAGGAGAAUGACUGUUUGAGAGAGACUUUGGCUAGGCGAACAGCCAAACUUGAGCUCAGCAGAAAAGAGUGUGAAACGCUGCGUGAGGAAUGCACACGCUUGCAGAACAGCAUGCACAGGUUGCAGUGUGAGCAAAAUAUCCAAAAGCAGCAGCUGGCAGACAAACAGCAACUUCUACAGUCACUGCAAGUGGAGCUCCAGGUGCACGAACAGAUCAGGAACUCGGUACACACCCACACAGAAGAGGAGCGUGGUGGUUCCGAAUCUUCUGAAGUGGAUCUGAGGGAGUUGUUGAGUGAAGUACGGAGUCUGCGUCUGCAGCUGGAGAGGAGUAUCCAGACCAACACCGCACUGAGACACAAACUGGAACAACAACUACUGACCCAGUCUGAUCCUCCAUCUACCAUCAACAUCAACUAUCUUCUCCCUCAAGCAGAUGAAGGCGGUAAAUCAGAGAUGCUACACCAGCAUUCACACACAGACGCCUCCAGCGUUGCAUAUGACAGCAGUAGCUCUGUGCGAGGUGGUUCUCCAGCGUUGUCCAGACUGGUUCCAGGUCACAGGCUGUGGGCAGAUCGACAUGGGCGUCAUGUUCUAGGCCUCAUAGAGGAUUACAGUGCUCUCAGCAAACAGAUCAGAGAGGCCAAAAGAAUCACUGCAGCCAUGGAUAAACAACUGCAGGACAGGUUUGUGGAGUGUGCAGGCUUUUCGGGGAGUGUGAGCACCAUGCAGCAGGUGCUAGAGGAAGCUGGACGACUGCUAAAGCUGCUCUGGAGAGUAUCGCUGCCCACAGGAAACCUCACACAUUCUCAGCAGAAUGAAGUGUUGAGGAGUGAGAUCGUUCAGCUGAAAAGCAGACUGUCUCAUAAGGAGCGAAUGCUGACUGGAGCCAUCAAACGCCUGCGCUCUACCAAUCAGCUCAAAGAGGGCAUGGAGCGGCUCAUCAUCGAGCAGUUGUCACUGACUCACGGAGUGUUAAAGAAAGCACGAGGAAACCUCGAGGAAAUCCCACUGAAUGCCCAGUGACCAGUCAGCAGGCAGACUUCCCCAACCUACCUGUUUAGGACACUUAAACUCUCGGUCAUGUCUGAUCCUUAAAGCUUAAAUUAAACGCUUUUCAUUGGGAUUUUUUCCUUGAGAGUAUUUUCAUGUGCUCAGAUUUAGUUUUGGAGACACCAAACGAAUUUGCACAUUUUACAGAGAUUUAUCUCUAGUUAAAUAUAGAAUGCCUUUUAGUUUUAUAUUUAAUGCAUUUUUUUUAAAUGCUCCUUUCAUAGAACUUGCUCUUGUCCACUGCCUGUUUGCUAUAAUGUCAUAUUUUAUACUGUAUUAAUUGGAUAAGCACAGUUGUGACCUGUAGUCCAUCGAAAAGGCCUAAAGGUUGUGGUACAAGACGCAUUAAAACUCCUCAGCACUGA